AUGGAGCAUAGCAACUACAACGUUCACGUCUUGUUGUUGGUAGAUGAGUGGAGUGUUUCGUGGUUCAGAGUCCUGCAGAAGUCAAGUGUUCACAUCAACCACCAGGUGACCGUGGAAAAGGCGAAUAAGUUACGUGAUGCAGAUUGGGCUCCGGGUGGGGGAUCUUCGGACCCCUAUUGCGUCGUGGCGGUGCAGGGCAAGGGAAAGUCCAGCUUCAAGACGAAGGUCGUGCAAAACAACCGGGACCCAGUCUGGAAUCACAAGGACAAGAUCAAUGACAUGCAUGAUGGUGACCAACUUUUCUUCGAGAUUCUGGAUCACGAUGUGGUCGGAAAGCACGAUUCUCUUGGCUUCGCAUCUAUAGGCUGGGAGGAGCUUCAAGAGGAUGGACCCCAGAGCUUCCAACUCUCACUGGAGAGCACCGGCAAGAAGAAGGCCCACAAGGACUCGGUCAUCUCUGUCAAAGUGACAGUGGCCAAACGGAAGCUCGAGAUGGGCCAUACUUUGACGACGCACCUCGAGGGUAUGUACAAGUUGCAGGUCAACAUCAUAUCUGCUCGGAAUCUGCGAAAUGCUGACCAUUUCAUGGGCGGCGGCAGUUCCGAUCCGUACUGCAAGUGCUUCGUCAAGGGGACGGGCAAGACUCAGUACACGACCAGGGUUAUCAAUGAUAAGACCGAUCCAGAAUGGAAUGAGCACCUUGUGGUCCCAGACUUCUACAAAGAUGACAAGCUGAUGUUCGAGAUCUACGAUAAGGACGUGGGCAAAAAGGACGACUUCCUGGGUAAGGCUGAAAUUCCCUUCUCGCAGGUCGCGGCUCAUGGCUUUGAAGGUGAAGUUCGGCUCCAGGAUGCUGGAGUACAGGGCAAAAAGGAGGUUGAGGCGUUUAUCAAGCUCCACAUCACUUCCCAGAAGCGAGACAUGCAGGGCCUGGCACCCUUCCACAACCAGCGCAAGGUGGCGAAGGGAGGCAUGCAAUACAAACUGGAGGUGGGAAUUUUGUCAGCCGACGGUCUGCGGGUUGCCGAUUGGAUGAGCAACUCCUCAGACCCCUACUGUGUUUGCAAGGUCAAAGGAAAGGGCACUGGCUCUUUCAAGACGCCGGUAAAGCACAAGGAGACGAAUCCAGUGUGGAUGCACAAAGAUGUCAUUGAGGAUUUUUAUCACGGCGAUGCCCUGGUGUUCACGAUCAAAGACUCCGACAAGCUUAAGCACGACGACACCUUGGGGAGCAUCCAGCUCCAGACUGCGCAGCUCAUACCUCACGGUUAUGAAGGUGAUCUCAGGCUGCGCAACACAGGUCACAAAGAUCCGGAGAAGAGCCCGGCGUUUGCCAUUUGGCAAGCAAUCAGUGCUCGUGAAAUCUCGUCUGUGUGGUCUCAUUGUGGUGGCUGA